GGGCGGAGCCGCGGGCAGAGCCUGGAGCCGGGCGAGGGGACCGCUCCGCUCCCCGCCGCCCAGUGCCGCCCGCCGGAGACUGUCCUGCCAGGCCAUGCCUCCAUGGGCAGCCGUCCUCGCACUGCUGCUGGUGGCGCUCGCCCUGCUCCUCCUGCGCCCCUGGAAGCGCGCCGUCGGAGCGCGGACCUCGGUCCGGGACCAUGAGGAGCAGGAGGUGGUGAGCAAAGGCCCCACGGUUCAGUUCAGCGACCGGCGCGAACCGCUCCCCGGGGGCUGCAGCCUCAUUUGCAAGCCCUCGGCGCUGGCCCAGUGCCUGCUGCGCGCCCUGCGACGCUCGGCGGCGCUGGAACCCGCCCCGAGCUCCUGGCUGUCUGGGCCCCACCUGCAGACCUUCUGUCACUUCAUCCUGCCCGUCGGGCCCGGCCCGGAGCUAGCACGUGAGUACCUGCAGCUGGCCGAUGAUGGGCUGGUGGCCCUGGACUGGGUCAUAGGACCUUGUGCCAGGGGCCGCCGGGUCACUAAUACUGGAGGCCUCCCGCCGGUGCUGCUGGUAAUCCCCAAUGCGUGGGGACGCCUCACCCGCAACGUGCUGGGGCUCUGCCUGCUCGCCCUGGAGCGCGGCUACUAUCCCGUCAUCUUCCACCGCCGCGGCCACCACGGCUGCCCACUGGUCAGCCCCCGACUACAGCCUUUCGGGGACCCGUCCGACCUCAAGGAGGCAGUGACUUACAUUCGCUUCCGACACCCGGCGGCACCCCUGUUUGCGGUGAGCGAGGGCUCGGGGUCCGCGCUGCUGCUGUCCUACUUGGGGGAGUGCGGCUCCUCCAGCUAUGUGACCGGCGCCGCCUGCAUCUCGCCUGUGCUCCGCUGUCGCGAGUGGUUCGAGGCUGGCUUGCCUUGGCCCUAUGAGCGCGGGUUCCUGCUGCACCAGAAAAUCGCUGUCAGCAGGUAUGCUUCUGCCCUGGAGGACACCGUAGACACCAGCAAGCUGUUCCGGAGUAGCUCCCUGCGGGAGUUUGAAGAGACCCUGUUCUGCCACACCAAGAGUUUCCCCAUCAGCUGGGAUACCUACUGGGACCUGAAUGACCCACUCCGGGACGUGGAUGAGGCUGCUGUACCUGUGCUGUGUAUCUGCAGUGCUGACGACCCGGUAUGUGGACCCCCGGACCACACUCUGCCGGCGGAACUCUUCCAAAGCAACCCUUACUUCUUCCUGUUGCUCAGUAGCCAUGGAGGCCACUGCGGCUUCCUGCGCCCUGAGCCCUUGCCAGCAUGGAGCCACGAGGUCAUCUUGGAGUCCUUCAAGGCCCUGACUGAAUUCUUCCGAAUGGAAGAGAGGAUGAAAGGGCUGAGCAGGCGCAGGACUUCAUUUUUAGGGGGUCGGCGUCGUUGGGGAGGCCCGCAGAAACGAGAGGUCUCCCCCUCUUCCAAUCUGGAGGAGAUCUUCAGCUGGAAGCGUUCUUACACCAGGUGAGGCUGGCCUGGGGAGGCCCCUGCACCUUCGAGAAAGAACCCAACAAGGUAUCCCAGCAGCUGGAAGACUGAGGACUGAG